AUGGAUUUUGAACCGCGAUCAACAGCUUUCGUCUUGGAUCGAUCACACAUUGAGCAAUUAAACUUAUCCAUCCGUACCAGUGCGUCACUGGCCUCUUUUCCUGUGCAUAGCGUCUUUGCUCCUUGGUGUCCGGCAUGUCGUCAGUUUUCGUCCGUUUGGACCGAGCUCUCCGAGGUGCCGGAUCUUAACGCGAGUAUUGCAGCUGUUGAUGUGACAGAAAGCCCGGUACUCAGUUUCGUCUUCUUCGUCCGUCAGCUUCCGACAUUAUUCCAUGCCAAAGAUGGGGUAUUCCGAACAUACAAUGGGUCCAGAACUUUUACAGAUUUGAAGGAAUUUUUAACCGACGCAUCGUAUGAAAAAGUCGAUCCGAUUCCAUGGUACUAUUCGCCCUCAGCUAUGCACAUGCGAGCCUUCUUCCGCUUCAUGGAACUGGGGAUGACGAUCACACGUAUUCAUGAAUACCUGCUUCAAGCCGGGUAUCCUACAUGGGCAUCUUUCGCAAUCAUUGGCUCUGGGACAGUCUUAUUCGGUCUGGUGUUGGGUCUGGUUCUAGUUUUUCUCUCUGAUUGUAUCGUACCACCCAGACCGCAGAUUUUACGCUUAUUCAAAAAACCAAAGCAACCCACGUCGCAAAAAACGACGGAUUCCUUGAAGACGCCUGACGAACACAUCGUGACAGCGAGCAGUGCAUUAACUGUGGACGGAUCUGGUGAACAUCAAGACGAGCAGGGCGAAGUCGAGUGUCGGAAACGGAUUACAGCGAGCGGAGACUGAUCAUCUUCGUCUUGAACAGUCUUAUUGUCUCUGCGUUCUCAGCCUUAAACCUCAUAUGAUUCAACUUAUUGUUUGCCACAUUGUCGUGUUUAUAUAAUUGUUUUAGCGAUA